AUGUUUAGUGUGUUCAAAAGUGAGUGCCUCUAUGACAUUAGAUGUGGUCUUCUUUUUACUUCAUCACAUCCCAAUUACGAAUUUGAAGCAAGGAGGAAAGAAGGUAAAUUCUAUAGUCAGCAUUUUGCCAUAUUAGACUUGGUGUGGCAGACAGUGAUAACAAUUGAAAUGGCCAUUUGGAAAAGUGGAAAGAACUUCGAAACUGAAAUUCUUUAUUACUUUCUGUGCGUUUUGCAAUAUAAUCGCAAAAUUAUGCGCCUUUUAGCACGUAUUUUAAUUGCCUCGCAUUCUCACAUGAAUAUAAAUAGCUCUUUCCAAUUAGAUGAUUCAAAUUCUUCCAAAUCCGCCGUUGAAUCAGGUGAUGUCGAAACUGAUGGCAAGCCUGUGAUUAGGCAUAUGACUAGUAUAAUGAUGAUUAUUUGCCUUGCUUUUUACCUCUUCACUCAAAAACACGGAAUUUGUAUGAAUUAUUUACUUGCGCAAAUGCGAGACAAAAUAACGACUGCGAGUGUUAUUUACUACCUGAGGCAUCUUAGUCAACUAUAUUACGGAAAACUUCAUCAAAAACAUGAUUACCAAAUAAGAUAUGUAUUUAAAUCUGGACUAAUUGACAACCUAAAUCCCAGUCAAUGCACAUUUCUCCUCUUCGCUGCUAAACCGCAGUCCUUAACUAUCCCACCUCCUUUAAUACGUUCGUUUUCUUUUCUUCCACCAUGCUGCAUUUGUUUCUCAAUAAUUUAUUUACCGGAAGCAAUGGAUCAACAAGAAAAAAAAGGAGAGGAGAGAAAAAGACCUCGAUUACUACUCUGGAGCCUUCUUCCUCUUUUCUUUCGCCCAUUUUGUUGUAAUUUGAAAAAAAUUUUCUUGUUUCCACGUUUUUGUAAAAAAUUUUGGGCGUCUACGGGAUUGUCUUGCAUUUUACUACUUUUUGGCGAACAUGGCGGAUUUGUCACUCUGUCUUUAUCUUUCUACUUAAAUCUGAAUUCACAUUUCGGGUGUGGUAGGUUAUGCGAUGUAAAUGUACUUAUGUUAAUUAUUUAA